AUGCGCAGAGCACGUGGCCUUCGGGCAUCUUCGACUCGCGAUAUUUGCGUCUUCUGCGCCACCCGUCAAUUGGCAACCGUUCCCUUGUCGACAUGCUCUUCUUCAGCACAACAGCGACAAUUCAACUCGUCGAGCCGGUCACCAGACUCGGCCGAAGCAGUACUAUACAAAGAUGCAACCCCACCCUCGCAACCGUUGUCCCAGGCACAGCGAAUGCGCCUGGCCCUAGCUGCGAGUGCUGCAAAGGCUCCACCAGCCCAGCCACAAGGCACACACAUGUCACCUGCACAGCGUAUGAGGGCAUCACUAGCAUCGCAGGCACCUCAGCAGAAUACGCCACAGUCGCAAAGACAUUCCCCAUCGAACAGAGGACCGGGGAGUAGAAGCGUGGUCUUCGAGGGGCCUGGACGUAAUCAGAGCAGGGACAGAUUCGCUCCCAUUGGCACUAAAGGGGGGAAUAUCCGCGGCAACAUCGAAUACCGAACGACUCCACAGCAGAACCGAUAUAAGAUCAACAUGGACGCUCGGCCGCAAGUGAACGCACCAGCAUUCGACCCAGGACACUUACGGCGGCGGAACGAGCUACGGUCGUCCGGAGCCAACCAGGCGGGAGCGCCGGCGGUCACCAGGCCUCCACCGAAAGGUAGAGGGAUGCUGGACCAGGAUGAGAUUGCGAAAUUGCUCAACAAUUCCACGACUCAAUCGCGAACACAAUACCAGCCGCUCGCCAGGGACUCUAACGCCCAACGCAAAUGCUUCCAUUGUGGCUCGCUAGAGCAUCAGUCUUUUGCAUGCCCUGUCAAGCCGACACUCCGCGCACAACGACCCGUCGGAAAAUCCGACUCGAGAGCGACAACCACAUCUAUGCCGCCCCAACGCCACCAAGAAUCCGUUGCGGAUGCAGCAGAGGCCUGGGUACGCAAAUCAAAGAACCUUGAUAUUGAACCAGCUUCUUUGAGUCAGAUACAAAUGGAAGAGGAGGGCAAGCGUCACAACAUUGAUGGGAGGAGACGCAAGAAAUUCGAGUUUGACGAGCCCGAGGAAUCUGUGAAUCGCUAUGAACAGCCAGAGAGACGACGAGGCGGUGGGCGAGGUCGACGAGCGAUGCGGGAUGAGGAUGAUGAAGACGAUAUGCCCCGGUUUGACAGACAAGACCGCAAGAAGCAGCGGGCAGCAGCAAAAAAGGCGACUCAGGUGGAGGCUCGGAAAAACACGCCCACACCCAUCUCACUACCGGAAUACAUCAGUGUAGCCAAUCUAGCUGGAGCGCUGAGGCUGAGAGUCGAAGACUUUGUGCGAAAACUAGAGGAUCUAGGAUUCGAGGACGUGCAAAACGACCAUAUUCUCAACGCCGAACACGCUGGUCUCAUCGCCCAGGAAUACGGCUUUGAGCCCAUUUUCCAGGACUCGACCGAUGAUGGAGAUAUCUACCCUGCUCCGGCACCGGAACCAGAGGCUUAUGCGGCACUGCCUGCACGGCCACCUGUUGUCACGAUCAUGGGCCAUGUUGAUCACGGAAAGACCACGAUUCUUGACUACAUGCGUUCCACAAGUGUUGCUGCUACAGAGCAUGGUGGCAUUACACAACAUAUUGGAGCUUUCAGUGUACCUUUGGCCAAUGGCAGGAAAAUCACUUUCCUGGACACCCCUGGCCAUGCUGCCUUCGAGACGAUGCGCGCUCGCGGCGCCAAUGUUACGGAUAUCGUCGUGCUAGUCGUUGCUGCCGAUGAUUCAGUCAUGCCGCAGACUAUCGAAGCCAUCAAGCAUGCACAAGCCGCCAAGGUUCCGAUGAUUGUCGCCAUCAACAAGAUUGAUAAGCCCCAGGCUGAUGUCGAUGCUGUCAAGCUCGAUCUAGGUCGUCACGGCAUCGAAAUCGAGGAUUUUGGCGGAGACGUGCAGGCGAUUGGCGUGAGCGGAAAGACGGGUCAAGGCAUCCCUGAUCUUGAAGAGGCCAUCACCACACUUUCCGAAAUGCUCGACCACCGUGCCGACCCCCAAGCACCAGUCGAAGGAUGGGUUCUCGAGGGCACGACCAAGAGCCGCGGCCGUGUGGCCACAAUUCUCGUCCGCAAUGGUACGCUCCGUCAAGGCACCACGCUCGUCGCAGGGAAAACCUGGACUCGUGUGCGUACGCUCCGCAACGAAGCCGGAGCUGUCGUUGACGGGGUAGGGCCUGGUAUGGCUGUUGAAGUAGACGGCUGGCGCGACCAGCCCAUUGCAGGCGACGAAGUCCUUCAAGCCAACGACGAACAACAUGCCACUUCGGUAACGGACCUCCGGACCGAGAAGUUUGAACGCGAGCAAAUGGCGCGUGACAUGGAAGCCAUCAACGAAUACCGACGCACAGAAGCGGAGCGUCGCGCCGCCGAAGAAGCAGCCUCGCAGGCGCAAGAAGCCGGCGAAGAAGUGGCAGCCAAACCGGAAGCCAAACCCAGCGGCCCCGAAGUCAUCAGCCUCAUCAUCAAGGGCGACGUCUCGGGCUCGGUAGAAGCCGUCAUCGACUCUGUCAGUUCGCUCGGCAACGCCGAAGUCAGCACCCGCAUCCUCCGCCACGGCGUCGGCCCGCCCUCUGAAUUCGACGUGGCCCACGCAGCCGACGCCGGCGGCCACAUUGUCAACUUCAACACGGCCAUUCCCGCACACAUAUCCAAGCUGGCCGAGGAAAAGGGUGUCCGCAUUCUCGACUCCAACAUCAUCUACCGCGUCGUGGAAACUGUAAAGGAGCUGCUGAGCGAGCGCCUCAAGCCCGCCGUCAUCCAAAAGGUCUCGGGCGAAGCUGAGAUUGCGGCGCUCUUUGAGAUUGGCGUCGGGGGGCGCAAGAAGAUCAAGGUGGCGGGGAGUAAGGUGCGGAAUGGGGUUGUGGGCAAGGGGGGUAGGGUCAAGGUGUUUAGGGGGAGUGAGGUCGUGUACGAUGGAACCAUUGCCAAUCUCAAAAACCAGAAAAAGGACGUCGACCAGAUGCGCAAGGACACCGAGUGUGGAAUCUCUUUUGCCGACUGGGAGGACUUUGAGGUUGGUGACAAGAUUCAGUGCUAUGAGGAGAGGUUUGAGAAGAGGAGUUUGUGA